UGAAGUCACAUUUGUGAGAUCUACAACUGACUCACCAUGCCAUCUGCAUCUGUGAUCACCUUCUCCUUGGCUCUACUCUCUGUGGCACAUUUCCACGUGGCUGAUUUGAUGAGCAUUCGGGAAGUUUCAUACAAUGCCACUGCAAAAAAGUGGGAUAAACAGCAUGCUGGCAACAGUAUAGAUGAGGAUGAAUUUAGUGUCUCUACUUUGAUUGAAAAAGCAAACAAGAACCUGGGACAAGAAUAUGACAGGCCUGUGAUCGAAUUUGGGGAUAUUGCUGUUCCUAGUGGGUUACAAAACGCCGAUCCUUGCACAGCUCGCGGGUGCAUGUGGACCAAGUCUUCUGAUGGAAUGGUCUAUGUUCCCUUUGUCAUCUCACGUCAAUUUUCAUCACAAGAGAGGAGUGUCAUCAAGAGAGGUCUACAGUCCUUCUCCAGCAGGACCUGCAUCCGUUUCAAGGAACGUCAACGUGAGAGAGACUUUGUCAGCAUCCAGUCUAUGAGAGGAUGCUGGUCAUUUGUGGGGCGGCGUGGGGGUAGCCAGACAGUGUCUCUGCAACAGCGGGGCUGUGUCUAUUUUCAUGUGGUUCAGCAUGAGCUUCUGCAUGCCCUGGGGUUUAACCAUGAGCAGACACGCAGUGACCGUGACAAGCAUGUUCGCAUCAUUUAUGAAAACGUCAUUCGCGGUCAGGAGCACAAUUUCAGGAGGAUUGACACCAACAACCUGAAGACACCAUAUGAUUACAAUUCUGUCAUGCAUUAUGGAAGAUUUGCUUUCUCCAGAAAUGGGCAGGCAACCAUAGUUCCAAUUCCAAACUCCAAUGUGGCAAUAGGGAGAGCCAUGGAAAUGAGCCCCAAUGAUGUUCUGAGGAUCAAUAGGCUGUAUCAGUGCAGAAACACUUGAAGUGUGACCAGAAAAGAAUGAUCCAGUAAAUGAGCAUCCCUCAUACUCUUGAAAUGUUUAUGUUGGCUUUUCAGCUUUCCAGCUUUCCAGCAAAACCGCAAACAGAAAAAAGUGAUAUAUUUCAAAGAGACCUCUGGCUUGAAAUCCAAAUCAUAGCUAAGCAUUGUGUCUUUAUAAUACAUGUAACACACGCAAUUUUGUUUAAUGGAAUUACAUCCAGAAUAAGCACGCAAUAAGCAAUAAAGAACAAUCUUUAUUAGAAAGAGGAAAAAUUUUAACAAA